UUAUUUUUAUUAUUAUUUUUUCGGUAAGGAAGGAGAGAAGGAGGAUAAGAAGGGAGCGUGGCAAAGAUGGAGGAAGGUGCUGACUGGGACAGUGAUGAGACGGUGAUAGAGGGGUCGGUGACGGAGAGCGAGCAGGAGGAAGAGGAGCUGCCCUGGAGAAGGUUGCUGUUUGAUCAAGACACAUCUCUUAGAGGUGAGUUCAGUCUCCAUCCUGGAAUAAGUGGAACAUGCAAAGGCACACAUUCUCCAGAGAUUCAGCUUAUAUUCAAACUCGGAGGGAAUUCACAAGAGCAAAUGAGUGAAAAUAAGAUGAUGCCUCUUCUUAGUGAGGAUGCAGCCUUACAGCAACCUCAAGAUGAAAUGGAACAAAAUCAAGCUCUGUUACAGACUAGAAAAAGUAGUCCAAUGUUCACUGUGUCAUGUACCCAGGCUGAACUUUCACUGAACCACCAGAGUGUUCGAGGGACUGAGGCUGAAAAUCCUGAAGUGUUGCCACAUCCAGAAAAGGAACUAAGUGCAGGCAGAGACUCUCCUGAAAUAAGCCUUCUCUCAGGUACUAUUACUGAAGAAUCUAGUAAAUUUGCUGUAAAGGAAAAAUCAUUAAUAGAGCCAAAGAAGAUCUUAGCAGCACCAAAUACGUUUUCUGAGCCUGGAAAGGAAGUCGUGUUAACCGUGACUUCUAAAGAAACCAAGGAUGAAGAAAGCUCUCUUGAAACUUUUGUGUCUGCCUUGGAAGGAUUACUAACAUCACCAGAAAUCACCCAGGAGGAAAGAUUGUUUGGAAUAGUGAGUAAUUUUAAACCUAGAGAGUUGAUGAACCCAUUGAGCAACUCUUUGAGUUCCCUAUCAAUGCCUUUGACAUGUCACGAAGAUUUACUAGAAAACACAAAGGAUGAUGCAUUGCCAGCUGAGUUGUUAGCAGCCCUAAAUACAUUGUCAGAAGCCAAGGUGGAACCCAUCUGUCACAGAAAAGAGGGAGGCAUUUGUCUCAGUACUGGAAAUGAAUGUUUAGAAGUGGAGCCUAGUAUGUCUCAGAUUGAUGAAGAUUGUACACAAGUAGCAGAGGUGAAUUUUGAGACUCUUUGUUCUGCUCCACCAUUUGAACAAGAUUCCAGGUUGGCUGAGCUGCAGAACAAGCAUCUUUCAGUGCAGCAAACUCUUGAAGACCCAAAUCCAUUAGGAUUGCAAACUUUGGUUCAUCAAAAUGUCGCCUCUUAUAAUCCACUAAAUAAUAAGGGAAAUUCAAAUCCAGUGGAAAAUCACUCUGACCAGGACACUCCAUGUGUGUUAAGGAGAUCGUCCAGACUGAAAGCAGGCAGAGUUGCAAAGCCCACAAAUGACAUAUAUAAGAUGCCAGAGAAGAUUUUACCCAAAAUACUUGGCUGUGAGGAUCAAGCAAAUAGUAACUCGUCAACUGAGAAUUUCAGAAUGCAGAAUCUUGCUUUAAGGAUUGAAGGUAAAGGGAAGACUGUGCAUUCAUCCAGACUCAAGAGUAGAGAACAGAUCAGGAAAAACAAAAAAUUUACACGGAAAAAUGAAAAGAUGAAGAUGAAUAAAAUGUCUCUUUCUAACAUUAACCGGAGAAACAUUUUUGGAGAGAACUUACUGUAUAAGGCUGCUCUGCACAAUGACGCUGGUCUUGUUCAUCAUUACAUAAAAAAGGGUGGAAAUGCUAAUCAACCAAGUUAUGCUGGUUGGACAGCACUGCAUGAAGCUAGUGUAGGAGGAUUUUAUCAAGUAGCAAAUGAACUAUUAAAAGGUGGAGCAGAUGUAAAUAUCAGAGGAAUGUACCAGAUCACUCCCCUACAAGAUGCUGUGAUGAAUGGACAUUAUAAGGUGGCAGAGUUACUUCUUUUGAAUGGAGCAGAUCCAUUAUGUAGAAAUGACAAUGGAAAGUGUGCUUUGGAUGAGGCCAAAGAUUUAUGUAUGAAGCGUCUUCUUGAGAGAUAUGUUUCUAAACAUAAAAGACAUCUCACAUCAGCUCAAAAGAAUAGCACUGACCCUUCAGACAGAGAGGAUGCACACCAGCACAAGAAACCAAAAUUCAGUUCUAAAAAUCACAGUGGGUUUGCUUGUGAUGAAAAUUCCAACAGACAGAAGCCAGAACAUGCAAAAGUCAAUAAAGAAGGCAAAGACAGUUUAUUUAUAAAUAAAGAAGCUGUAUAUGAAUAUUACCAAAAAGAUUCCCAAAGCAGGAAAUUUGGUAAAUCCAAGUAUAAGCAGUCAGCUCUUAACCAGAAAUACUCUACAGGACUCAGAAAGGACAAUCUCCAUAAUGUCAGGAAUCCCAGCACAAAUGUGUCUAAAGGUAAAGGAAGAAGAUAUACACGACAUAAAAGGAUUCAAGUGGAUCAUAUAAUCCAAGAAAGCAAUCCAAGAAAGACAAUAGCUGUCUCUUCUUCCAGAAGAACAAACAAGUUGGUUCCUCAUCAGCAGCAGAUUCUCCAAACCCUUGAUCACCUUCCAGAAAAGUCAUGUAAACCUUCUAGCUCAGCUCCGUCAGGCUUGAAAAUUGGUUUAGGUAAUAAUAUGGAGACUUGUUCAGUUUCCAAAGAGACACAUACUCAGAGCCUGGAUUUAUCAGAUAGUCAAGAAAUAAAAUUUCUGGGAUUAGAAUCCAUUGACCAAGUUGAAGCUGUUUCUUUCUCAGGACUUUUUUUGAAUAAAACGACCAAGUUACCACCUGUUACUGCAGAUCAGCAGCCUCAGACUCACCAAGACCAGCAGCACACUAGCCCUUGUAAAUCUUAUGAAAACAGUAACUCAGAUCAAAAAGAUGAGAGCCAUAAUAAGUGGGAAAAUUCUUCUCCAUCCUUUAUAAAGGAAAACUUUAAUGAUGGUGAUGAUGAUACUGGUUCCCGUGCCUCUGGAGAGACUGUAAAAUCUAAAAAGGUGGUAAGUUUUUCAGAUUACAAAAACCAGGAUAAUUAUAAAGAGAAUAUAACAAAUAGGGAAGAAAUGGAUUUUCAACAGUUUUUACCUUCUGAAGACCUUUCACAAGGAAAUGCAUUCAAAGCAGACAACUUAACCAUACUUCCACAACAGGAAGCUAUUAAUUUUUCAAAUUCCGGUAAUAUAAUGGUUUCUGAACACGUUCCAGAUGAUGAACAAUGUGCAUGCAGAACUUCUUUUGAUCAUUUACAUGGGAGUCCUGAGCAUACUUCCUCGGCUUGUACGAGAGCACACUCAAUACAUGAAGUUUCAAAGUUGACUAGUCAUGCGGAGCUAUUCGAGAGGCCACAGGAUUGUAGCUACAGAACAUCAGCUCCUUUAAUGAAUCAGACAGAUGCACACACUGUGGAAAAGGUGAAUAAGAAAGGAGAUGCUGAAAGGAAUUACACUGACAAAGGCCAAAAAACAAGUUCUUCAAAUAGCUCUUUAUCCACAGUUGUUCAUUCUCAAGUAAUAGAAACAACUAAAGUUGAAAAAAGGAGACAAGGGAACAAAACCAUACAUAAUAUGGAUUUUCAUUCCACUGACAAUAUCAGUAAAGAAUUGACCAGCAUCUCACAACUUAGUCAAAGAGAAGAGAAGGAGAUUUCUCACAAAGCAGAUGAGGAAUUAACUAUUAUUGUCAAUGGAGAUGAAAGCACUAUAAGAAAUUGUGAGGAGAAAAAAGAAAAAACAGAUUUAGAAAUUCAUAUGCCUACUAAUAUCCAAGAACACAAAAAAGUUAAAAAUUUGAGGAAAAAACAAAAUUUCUUGAAAGCUACCUGCAGCCAAGCACUUGGUAGAAAAGAAGCCUCAGUUAUGUUUGGCAAACUUACAGAAAUGGAAACAGCUGGGAUCAACAAGAGGCCUGCCAGAGGGGAAAGCCGGCUUCAUUUGGCUGCCAGAAGAGGAAAUUUGUCUCUGGUGAAAGCUCUAGUACAGUCUGGAGCAGAUGUGAAUCUAGAAAAUAAUGCAGGUUGGACACCACUUCGUGAGGCAGCUAGUGGAGGAUGUAAUGAUACAAUUGUAGAAUUGUUAAAAGCUAAUGCUAAAGUUAAUUGUGAAAAUCUAGAUGGAAUUCUGCCUUUACAUGAUGCUGUUGCAAACAACCAUUUAAAGGCAACUGAAAUUCUACUACAACAUGGAGCAAACCCUAAUCAAAAGGAUAAAAAGCAGAAGACAGCCUUGGAUGAAGCAGAUGAUGAAAACACGAAAGAGCUGCUAAAAUCUUACGGUGCCGUUGAGACUGAUAAUAGAGCUGAGGCUAAUGCUGUCGUCACUGUGAAAACUUCUGCUGUCUGGUCAAAAAGACACAAACAGUGUUUCUGUGAUGACUGCAAAACUGUUGAUAUACCUUCUCUUUCAAACCAAGGGAAAAAAGUGGAGAACCUUCCUAUGCAUCAGAACAUUAGUGCCAUUCUACAAGAUAUAGAAGAAAAACAAGAAAAUUUAUUAGAGUUUGAAAUAAGAACUCCUGAAGAUGCAGAACAAUACAUUGGUAAGAUGUUAGAGGUCAAGGAAGUUAUGGACAAUGUGCUUGCCAAGCAGAAGGCUGAAAGGGAUGAUCUAGCUAAAAAAUACAGGGUGUCCAUGGAGUCAUUUAAGCAAGGAGUCCUGAGAGAACAACUGGUCAACUUGGCCACAAGACAGAAGAGCCUUUUAACUGUAACAAAAAACCAGAAAAAAAUAAGGGAGAAAAUUCACAACUAUAAGAAUGUUACACCUUUGUCUGGUCUUAGUUUCAAGAAGCUGCCAUCCAGCUCAGAAAUGUCUAAUGGAAAAAGCAGGCAAGAGUUUACCAGUCUGGAAACUUCAGUGCAGCCCCAGUCAGGUUCACUUUCUCCUGUCAGCCUUGUUUAUGGAAGCAUGCAGGAGACACAGUUGUCUUCGGAAAUCUGGCAUGACAGCCAGAACACCAACACUUGUCUAAAUUCAAAGAGAAUGAGAAGGGAAGGAUUUUCUGGAAAUGAGCUAAAUUCUAAGCGAAACAUCAGUGACUAUACCUUGGACAGAUUAUCAAAAUCCAGACAUUCAGAUGGCACUAAGAAGAUUAAAUUACCAUCCCAAUCUGUUACUUUUAUUACUCAAGCAGAAUAUUCACAAAAAGAAAAUGAUCUUACAGAUAUGGCAGCCAAAGAGCAUGCAUCCUUUAGACCUUCAGCAGUAACUGGCGCAUUAAAUAUUUCAGAAACCACAAGUGUACUUUCCCACAAUGAGCCCUAUCCAUCAGCUGUUCUUUGUAAUCAGGCUUUUUCCAGUUGUGAUCCAAAAAGAGACAACAGGAAAACAGCUUCCCAGCAACCACCUAGGGGGGCAUCAGAAUCCCUGGCACAUCGAGAGAUUCAUGUCUUUGGCAGUAAUACUGGGCAUCAGAUGAAACCGUAUCUUAAAAAAUCAGCUGUUGCUGUUCCACAUGCAAAUGACAGUCAGAGCUCUUCCUCCUCUGAGUCUAGCCGUCAACAUACUAUUAAAAAACCUUUAAACUACAGUACAGCCCCUAAAAAGAAAUGCAUGCAGAUAAAGGAUCUGAUAUUGCUAGGAAGAAUUAAUCCAGGAAAUAACAUUCUGGAAUUUAAAACACAGGAGACUACCCACAAAGCCAGUGUUUUAUUGAGUGGCAAAAUUAAGGUAGAAAGUGGUCAGAUUUAUCAAAACCCAGUCACCUGGCUCAAGGAUGUUCUAGGAGGUGACAGUUACGUGACCUGGAAUUAUGCUUGGAGUAAGGUAACAUAUCAAGGGAAGGAGCUUUUAAAGUAUGUUUCUGAGGAAUUACCCACCCCUCCAGACCCAAACUUGGUACCUCAGCAACGUCAACCUUGUCCUCCAGGAAUGUCCGGAGAGUCAAUGCAGAGUAUCCCACAUUACCUUCAAAUAAAUGAAAUACUGUUAGUCAGCGAACAAGAAUUUCUCCCAUGUCAUAUAAUGGAUGAGCACUGGAAGUUUUAUGUGGAAUGUGAGGAGUUAACAUUCUGAAGCCUUGUUUUCUUAAUAGUGUUAUUAGGUAUUUUUUCAUAUUACUAACCAACGUUCGUAUUUUGUCUUGUGUGGGCUGGUGGGCCUAACACACACUUUAAGAGUUGCUACUUAAGAUGUGUGUUUACUGUUGUAAGAAAAAAUAUAACUCUCCAACUAUUGUAGUAAGAUUAAUACUUUUUGUCAUUGAAAUAAAGGCAUUUUUGACAUAA